AUGUUCCAGGAAAUAAAAUAUGUAAAGGAGGAGGUGCGGCAGGAGCUGGUGCAGCAGGAGCUGGUGCAGCAGGAGCUGGUGCGGCAGGAGCUGGUGCAGCAGGAGCUGGUGCAGCAGGCGCUGGUGCGGCAGGAGCUGGUGCAGCAGGAGCUGGUGCAGCAGGAGCUGGUGCAGCAGGCGCUGGUGCGGCAGGAGCUGGUGCAGCAGGAGCUGGUGCAGCAGGAGCUGGUGCAGCAGGAGCUGGUGCGGCAGGAGCUGGUGCGGCAGGCGCUGGUGCAGCAGGAGCUGGUGCAGCAGGCGCUGGUGCAGCAGGAGCUGGUGCAGCAGGAGCUGGUGCAGCAGGCGCUGGUGCGGCAGGAGCUGGUGCGGCAGGAGCUGGUGCAGCAGGAGCUGGUGCAGCAGGCGCUGGUGCAGCAGGAGCUGGUGCAGCAGGAGCUGGUGCAGCAGGAGCUGGUGCAGCAGGCGGUGGUGCGGCAGGAGCUGGUGCAGCAGGCGCUGGUGCAGCAGGAGCUGGUGCAGCAGGAGCUGGUGCAGCAGGCGCUGGUGCGGCAGGAGCUGGUGCAGCAGGCGCUGGUGCAGCAGGAGCUGGUGCAGCAGGCGCUGGUGCGGCAGGAGCUGGUGCAGCAGGCGCUGGUGCAGCAGGAGCUGGUGCAGCAGGAGCUGGUGCAGCAGGAGCUGGUGCAGCAGGAGCUGGUGCAGCAGGCGCUGGUGCGGCAGGAGCUGGUGCAGCAGGCGCUGGUGCGGCAGGAGCUGGUGCAGCAGGAGCUGGUGCAGCAGGAGCUGGUGCAGCAGGAGCUGGUGCGGCAGGAGCUGGUGCAGCAGGCGCUGGUGCAGCAGCAAGAGGUGGUGCAGCAGGCGCUGGUGCAGCAGCAGGAGGUGCAGCAGGAGGUGGUGCAGCAGGAGGUGGUGCAACAGGAGGUGGUGCAGCCGGAGGUGGUGCAGCCGGAGGUGGUGCAGCAGGAGGUGGUGCAGCAGGAGGUGGUGCAGCAGGAGGUGGUGCAGCAGGAGGUGGUGCAGCAGCAGCUGGAGCUGGUGCAGCAGGAGCUGGUGCAGCAGGAGCUGGUGCAGCAGCAGGAGCUGGUGCAGCAGCAGGAGCUGGUGCAGCAGCAGGAGCUGGUGCAGCAGCAGGAGCUGGUGCAGCAGCAGGAGCUGGUGCAGCAGCAGGAGCUGGUGCAGCAGCAGGAGCUGGUGCAGCAGCAGGAGCUGGUGCAGCAGCAGGAGCUGGUGCAGCAGCAGGAGCUGGUGCAGCAGCAGGAGCUGGUGCAGCAGCAGGAGCUGGUGCAGCAGCAGGAGCUGGUGCAGCAGCAGGAGCUGGUGCAGGAGCUGGUGCAGCAGCAGGAGCUGGUGCAGCAGCAGGAGCUGGUGCAGCAGCAGGAGCUGGUGCAGCAGCAGGAGCUGGUGCAGCAGCAGGAGCUGGUGCAGCAGCAGGAGCUGGUGCAGCAGCAGGAGCUGGUGCAGCAGCAGGAGCUGGUGCAGCAGCAGGAGCUGGUGCAGCAGCAGGAGGAGGAGGGAGGCGGAUGA